UAGUAUCAAUAUGAAACUUUGAUUUGAAAAUUCAUUGAAAAAAUUCGCAUUUCCUUUAAAUUUUUUAUUAAUAUAUUAUCAAGUAUUAUAGUAAUAAUUAUUUAUAGUUCAAACUAAAACUUACUUAUUUCAAAGUGUAUUAACAAUGGCAGGAGAACUAAAAACUGUAAACGAAGAGGAUUUCAAGCUAUUGAAAGAUAGAAUGAAUUUAAUAGCUAGUGCGGAUCCAGCUCAAUAUCACAAUGAGUUUUCAUUACGAAGAUAUUUGCGAGCCUUCAAAACUGUUGACCAGGCAUUUCAGGCAAUCAUAAAAACAAAUAAGUGGCGCUUAGAAUAUGGAGUUGCAGAGUUACAGAAUGACAAAGAACUUAUAGAAAAGUACUCAGACAAGGCUAGAGUGCUGAGACAUCGGGAUAUUAUAGGACGACCUAUUAUCUACAUCCCAGCAAAAAAUCAUAGUUCCAGUGAUAGGAAUAUUGAUGAAUUAACAAAGUUCAUUGUUUACUGCCUGGAGGAUGCAAGCAAAAGAUGCUUUGAAGAGGUUGUUGACAACUUGUGUAUUGUAUUCGAUUUGAGCCAAUUUACAUUAUCUUGUAUGGACUAUCAAGUACUAAAAAACCUGAUAUGGUUACUCAGUAGACAUUACCCUGAGAGACUUGGUAUUUGUUUGAUUAUCAAUGCUCCUGCAUUCUUCUCAGGCUGUUGGACUGUUAUCAAGGCAUGGCUUGAUGAAAACACUGCAGGUAAAGUGACAUUUGUCAACUCUGAGAUGGAUCUUUGCCAAUAUCUAAUACCUGAUAUCCUGCCCACUGACAUGUAAACCUCUCUACAUAUUUUUUUAUUAAGUAUAUAGUAAUAACUGAGUGAUUGCAUUUACACCAAAAACUAUUUUGUAUUAUAUGUUUAUAAUAUAAUAAUUAAUUAUGUAUAAAACACGAUUUAAGUAUAUGACACAUUAAAACAAGCUUUUACCCUAAAAUCAAUAAAAUUUUAAGUUUGUCACAUUAUGCAUAAAAACAUGUUGAACACAGGAUGAAACGCUACACCUCGAAUACAAAUUGAAAUUUUUCCAAAAUUUUUUUAAACCAUUUUACACAAUGUAAUUUAUGCAAGAUAUAUAUAUUUUAUCUAAACAUAAGAUCUAGAACUGUAUAUUUCUAUUAUUUGUAAAUACCAAUUACAAAAGCAUUAAGUCUCUCUUGCCAUAACAUGUACUUUUUUUAAA